AUGGGAAAACAAGCAAUCGUUGAUAGCAAAAAGAAGGCUAAACUCCAAAAAGAGGAGUCUUCUGAAGAAAGCUCUGAAAACGAAGGCCCAGUUUUCACUUCCGCCUCAAAGAAAGACAUAAAAGGAAAAGCUCAAACAAAAGGAAAAAAGCAAUUAUCUGACUCCGAAGAAUCUUCCGACGACUCUGAAGCUGAAAAAGCCAAGAAAACUUCUGCAAAGAAGCCAACACCUGCCAAAAAAGGCAAAAAAGAAUCCAGCUCAGAAAGCGAAGAAGACACCAAGCCUAAAAAAGUCGUGAAAAAAGGAAAAGAAUCCAGCUCAGAAAGUGAAGAAGACGUAAAGCAGCCAGCCAAAAAAGCGACGCCAGCUAAAGGCAAGGCUGAAGCCAAAAAACCUGAAGUAAAACCUAAAGAAGAAGCUAAAAAGCCUACACCAGCUAAAAAGACCAACAAAAAAGAUUCAUCCAGCGAAAGUGAGGAGGAGGUAAAGAAACCAACUCCAGGCAAAAAACCAGCCAAAGCUUCCUCUUCUGAAAGCGAAAGCGAAGAAGACGUCAAAAAGCCAACCCCUGCUAAAAAGCCAGCCAAAGCUUCUUCUGAAAGCGAAAGCGAAGAAGAAGUCAAAAAGCCAACCCCAGGCAAAAAAGUUGUAAAAAAAGCAGCCAGCAGCAGCAGCGAAAGUGAGGAAGAAAAACCAAAAAAGCCAGCCUCAGCCGCAAAGAAGCCAGCUAAAAAACCAGCUUCAAGCGAGUCAGAAUCUGAAAGUGAAGAAGAAGUCAAAAAGCCGACCCCAGGCAAAAAGGCUGCAGCUAAAAAGGUAAGCUCAAGUGAGUCUGAAAGUGAAGAAGAGGUCAAAGUUCCAGCCUCAAAAACCCUCAAAAAGACAGCUAAAGUUGAAGACAGCUCAUCUGAAGACAGUGAUGAAGAAAAUGGCAAGCCAACCAAACGUGCCCCAGUUGCUGCAGAGCCAGUUUCUGACUUAAAGCGCAAAGUAAACGAAGCCCCUACCGUCACAUUCCCAGCCAAACAAGCCAGAGCUAACGAAACCGGAGAAACAGAAGUUUUCGUCGGUGGAUUAUCAUACCAAGCUACCGAAGACGACCUACGCAACCACUUUUCAAGCUGUGGAGAAAUCACAGAACUUACUCCGUCUUUAAAUUGGAACAAAAUAUUGAAAAAUUUCCAUUUUUAUUAACACCUUUGAAAUUGGAACAAUAUUUUAUUUUAAUGGACAAUUUUAUAUGCGAAAAUAAUAUUUUUUUUUAUAAUAUAGCUUUGACCUAUUUUAAUGGAGAGAUGCAAAUAAAUGCAUUUAAACUUUUUUAUAUUGAAUUCAUUAAUUCUUCAUAAAAUAUAUUCUAUAUAUUUAAAAAUUUUAUAAAUUUUUUUUAAAAAAAUCCAUUAAAUUGGUCAAUUAAAGCUGGGGGGAUUUAGACUUCUCUACGACCAAUCAGGAAAUUCAAAAGGCAUCGCAUUUGUGAAUUUCGCUGAUGGAGAAGCUGUAAACAAAGCCCUAGAGCUAAACGGCACACAACAUAUGGGAAGGACCCUCAGAGUCAACAUGUCAAGUGACAAGCCUACAGGCCCAAGAACUGCUGGGGCAAGACCAAGCCAAGACAACUCAACCACCGUUUUUGUUGGUAGUCUUUCUUAUAGCUCGACAGAAGAAUCCAUUAAGCAAUUCUUUUCUACUUGUGGAGAAAUCAAGGGCGUAAGAGUUGCCAUGGACUCUGGAGGAAAUCUCAAAGGUUUCGCUCACAUUGAGUUUUUCGCUCCUGACGGAGUUGAAAAAGCCAUUCAGCUGAGUGGAAGCGAACUUGAUGGAAGAGCAAUCAGGGUGGAUUAUGCAGGAAAUAAAUCAGGCGGAAGUUCACCUCAAAAAGGACCUAGAGGGUUUGGAGGCCCAAGAGCUGCCCCACCUAGGGAUAAUGCAAAACAAAAAGGAUCAAUUCAGGCAUUCCAAGGAAAGAAAGUGACCUUUUAA